UCACGUGACCAAAUAUUCAAGCAGCAACAAUAUGUCUGUGAUAGAAUGUGAAUAGAUUUUAUAAUAAAUCUGAUGGAGGAGGAAGCAAGUAAUGGUUAUGUAACGCAAAAAAACUCGCGUGAAAGGGCAAUAAGCGAACCAAAUAUGCUCACCGUAAAUACUGUUGGCCAAUUUCAUUCUCCUAGAGGCUCAGAUAGCGCAGCAACGGCCACGCCACCAACUUCCCGAAAGGCGAAAAUCGCAGCAAGUAUUGGGAAAUUUUUCCGUCCUUGGAAGUGGAAAAGAAAGAAAAAAAGUGAUAAAUUUAUCCAAACCUCGGAAGCACUUGAAAGAAAGUUAUCAACAAGAAAAGCUAGAGAGGAACUUGUGGAAAAGGGGAUCCUUCCUAAACCUCAUUUUGUUGAAGUAGCAGAACCUGAUGAUGAAAAAUGCAACGGUGAACUCAAUAUGGACUCGAGUAGAGCUGUUCAGGCCUAUCAUGAAGUUAGUGAUGAAGAUCCAGAUUAUGAUAAUAUUUGCUCUACUGACAAUGACAAUAAUUCAGAGAAUGAUGAAGAGGAACGAGAUUUGGAAGAAAGAAACAUCAUACCAGCCAAAAGUGAAGAGGAACUACAUGAAAAGAGAGAUUACAUCGGAAGCCAGUUGACAAGACGGCUAAGUCUUCGUCCUUCGAUAGAAGAGUUAAAAGCGAGGGGAAUUAUAAAAAAUGCCUCAGCAGCAGAAAUUGAACAAGAUAUUCAACAAAAAAAGAAAUUAUUAAAUAAAAAAUUAAGUCGCCGUCCAACAGUGAAGGAGUUGAGAGAGAAGAACAUCUUGGUGCAAUUUAAUGAUUACGUUGAUGUUUAUGAAGUACAAGAAUACGAUAGAAAAGCAGACAAACCGUGGACGCGUCUAACGCCUCAAGAUAAGGCGGCCAUUCGUAAAGAGCUGAACGACUUUAAAAGCAAUGAAAUGGAAGUGCAUGAACAAAGCAAACAUUACACAAGAUUUCAUCGUCCAUGAUUUGACUAACGUUAAUGACUGGCAGCAGAGCACUUUCCACGUCGUUCGUCAACGUUUUCCCGCUGACCAUAAAUAUUACUGGCUUCAUCUUCAGUACUCGUGAUAAAGUAUAUGUAUGAACGAGCUUUUUGGUGCUUUUAAAUCGGCCGGAACCGAUCUCCCUUAGUUGGAUAUUGUUGACUAUUGUAAAUAAACGUCAUUAAUAUUUUAAUGUUCAAGUCUAUAUUUUACACUUAUGAAUAUUUUUGGGUUUGGUAACAAUCUAUUUUGGAGCGAUUACGUCGACAGCCGACACUGACACUCAAAUGAACUGAUAGAGAGAUUAUAUAAUUUGUCUGAAUACAUAAAAGCCUUGUCACUAAGAUAUGUUGAAUUUUUUACAUUAUAUACAAAUAUAUAUAUAUGAUAUCA